AUGGACCUUGAGUCACUAUCCAGCGACGCCUUCGAAGUCCGCUGGGCCCCCGAAGACGCCCGCGCGAACCCGCAUUGUCUCGCACCGCGGCGCAAAUGGGCGAUUGAGCUCCUCAUCUGCUCCACCACUCUCUGCAUUACCGUCACCAGCUCCCUGUAUGUCAGCACCUACCACCAGAUCACCGAGGAGCUGCGCUGCUCGCGCAUCGUCGCCACCCUGGGGCUAAGCCUGUUCAUCGGCGGGCUGGGCUGGGGGCCCCUGGUGCUCUCGCCGCUGUCAGAGUUCUAUGGGAGACGCCCAAUCUUCCGCAUCUCGCUGCCGCUGUUUGUCCUCUUCCUGGUCCCCUGCGCGGUCGCACGCAACAUCGAGACGAUGCUGGUGGCGCGGUUGCUGACCGGGUUAGCUGGGGCGGCGUUCACCAGCGUGGCGGGCGCGACAGUAGGGGAUCUGUAUACCAAGGAGAAGUUGCAUUUUCCGAUGCUGGUGUAUACGGCGUCGCCUUUCACCGGAUCGAGUUUCGGACCCAUGCUUGGGGGUCUGGUCAAUUCGUUUGCGUCAUGGCGCUGGUCGUUCUACACCCUCCUCAUCUGGUCCUCCAUCCAGUGCCUCCUCGUCCUCUGCUUCGUACCGGAGACCUACCACCCCGUCCUCCUCCGGAGCAAAGCUCGUCGUCUUCGCAAGGAAACAGGGGAUGAGCGAUGGAAGGCACCGAUCGAGCGGUUGGAUCGGUCGAUCUCGAUGACCGUUCUCCGCUCACUUUACCGCCCGUUCAUGCUCCUGUUCCUCGAGCCCAUGUGUCUAAAUCUCUGCCUCCUCUCAGCCAUUGCCCUGGGCAUUCAGUACCUGUUCUUCGGCUCGUUUAAGAUUAUCUUCGGCACGGUCUACAGUUGGGGGCUGUGGCAGUCUGGCCUCACGUUUGCGGGCAUCACGGCCGGGAUGGUCGCUGUGGUGGUUGCAGAUCCUUGGUGUCGCAGGUUGUAUUUUCGGAUGAACACCCUGCAGCAGAUUGACGAGAGGAACCCCGAGCGACGACUGCCACCGGCAGUGAUCGGGGCGCCGCUGUUGACAGUGGGGUUGUUCUGGUUUGCUUGGACGGCACUGCCUUCGGUGCAUUGGGCGAUCCCUAUAAUCGGGAGUUCCUUGUUUGGAGCAGGAAUGAUCCUGGUCUACGCGGGCGUCUUCACCUUCCUGGUGGAUGCGUACCCUGUAUACGCUGCUAGUGCCCUAGGGGCCAAUAGCUUCACGCGCAGUACUUUUGCCGCUGCGUUUCCUUUGUUCGGGUAUCCGAUGUAUCACACGCUGGGCAACCAGUGGGCGACCUCCUUGCUGGCGUUUCUGAGUCUGGUGAUGGCUCCAUUUCCAUAUAUCUUCUUCAGAUACGGGAAGAAAAUCCGACGGAAGAGUCGGUUUGCCACGCAAAAGUAG